AUGAAGCGUUUAUCUAGCAAAUUUGCUGCACCAUAUAAAUCCUUGGAUCUCUUCUCCAACAGCAACACAGCUGAUAUAGUUAACCUGUUUUCUGAUACUGAUAUGGCACAAACAUGGCAACUUGCGGUGCAACCGGAUUUGCGCAUAUUCCACCCACCCCCUCUCCCGAACUUUCCCAAUAUCCCAGGCCUACUGCCACCUGGGAUCCCAGGCCUAUUUCCACCCAGAACUCCUGGAGUAUUUCCGCCGGGGAUCCCAGGCAUAUUUCCGCCCGGGAUUCCAGGGCUACGGCCGCCAGUGGACCCGACUGAGAUAGCAAAGUGUCGGUCUUCACUUCAGAGCAUUCCAGGGUGUGCACAAGAAAUUAUUACCACAAUCUUUACCAGUAAAUUUUCACUAGGCCCUGCUUGUUGCAAGGCCUUCGUCGAGGUUGACGAGAAAUGCUUGCUGAAGUUGUUCCCGUUGUUUCCUUCCAUCUCCGCGUUGCUUAAGAACAACUGUGCUCAAGUGAAUGCUGCUCCUCCUAAUGCAUCUGGUUCAAAUUAGUAGGCAGUUGAUCUUGUUUUCAAUUAGUCAGAGACAUGCAGGGUUUAGGCCUUUUGGUUUUUACCUUGGGUGCCAUUUUCCUUGGGUUUUGGAGACUUGGAUCUCACUAAAGUAAGACAAUAACAGCUUAUGAUCUCAUUAA